AUGGAGGUGACAGAGAAGCAGCAACAAAGUGCCGGAUCAAGUAAAUCAUUAACUGAACCUACGGAUUCAUCGUCCCAUCCACCACCAGGGUCUGAUGAUACAUUUAAUUUUGAUUUUUACAUCGGAUUCACUAAACCGCUGAUAUUAAAUUUGCUAGACCCUAAAGAAAAGACAAUUGCCGCAGCAUGGGUGAACAAGCUCAAAAACGAUUCUGCAUCUGAAGAGAUUCGUACAGCGCACCUGAAGCUGUUCUUGUUCGUCCUGCAUAGAAGAAGGCUUGGUGGUCCUUUUAAUGAGCUUCCCGAAAAUGAAGAAUUGGAAGAAUUACCGGAUGGGGCCCAGAUUGUCGAUGUGGCACGCGAUAUUUUGGAAACCGAACACGAUGAGCGAGUUAGAAGCAUGCAAGAUAAGCAGAGUGCUGGCGGCGAUUAUCCACCCUAUACUGUAGAACUCUCUGCAGAUCUAUUGGAAUACAGUUCAUCCCAGGAAAUACCUAAAUUCGGUUCACAUAUGUAUUACGCCAUAUCUACUGAACCAAUUCACACCUGGGAAAACCUAGAUUUGGGAGUCUUAUCAAAAGAAGUAAUUGUAGACAGUGUGAAAGCAUCAAAUGCCAAUGUCUCCACAAUGUCCCUGAAAUCGACAAAAUCAAAGUCUUUAAUGGAAGCCGAGAAAAACGCAACUAAAUCGCCAAAAUCUAGACGUCCCGUAGGCCAACCCUUUUCCCCACUGGCUAGUAAAGAAGCCAGCCCAUCGGAGCGCCGACCUAUCACAUGGGGUUCCAACUUAAUCGAAGUAACUGAGCCAAAAGAAAAGAAAGAGAAAGAAGAAGACGAUGAGAAAGAUGAAUAUGAUGAUGGUUUUGUUUGCAAAUUCUUUAAUACUAACAACAUACAAAGUCCGAAAGUAACGUUUUCACCAACUUCGGGGAGUCCUGAGAAAAGUAGUGCACCCAUAAAGCAAAGCACCCCGGGUAUACCCUCUCCGGUUUCUGCAAGAUCGGCUCAGGGGAGGUCAACCAAUGAUAGCUUUCAAGCCCGCGUUGAUAAUUUUCUGGAUGACUUAAUGGAAACCAGUAUGCCUGCAGACUUACGAGAUUCUUAUGGAUUCAUGAGUCCUCCAUCGUCCCCAACGUCAAGAACUGACCAAUCGUUUGAUGAUUUAAUGAACACUAGCAUGCCCCAAUAUUAUGAUGAUAACUAUGAUUAUUCACCAAAACAAAGUCCUACAAAAAGUCCAAGAACUCCAGGCCAAUCUAGUCCAUUGCCACAGGUGAGGCAUAUAAGUAUGAGUUCAAGAGACGAAGAAGCGAGAGAAAUAAUAGAAGAAGGAAACAAAUUGUUAAAAGAACAAGAGUUGCAAGUAAAAGAGAAUAGUACCCCGCCAAAGGCACCAUCUCCACGAGAUCAUGGACAAGAAGGCUCACCAAUAAAAACACCACCACGUUUGUCACCCAUGAAAACACCACCUCGUAUGUCACCAAUGAAAACUCCACUUCGUAUGUCACCAAUGAAAUCACCAGAACGCAGUCCAGAUAGCAGGCCAUUGCAUUUGAGCAGAUUUUCAGGAAGUCCUUCAACACGCCUAGAUACGACGCCUACGACUUUCAGGCAAAGUCCAGGUGUAGGCCAAGCCUCGACUCCAGGAACACCAACAAGUGGUAGAGGAACACUGGAAGAAUUAUUUCCGGAUUUAGAAGGAGAAACAGACGACAACUUCUUAUUUGGCAAUGAUGAACCUGACGUAGAUCUUCAUGAAAUCGACUUUUUGGACGAAUCUUUAUAUGACGAUUUGGAACAUCGAAUACGAGAGAUCCAAGGCGGCCAUACAGAAUCUAUGCCUUCAAGCGCAAACAUUGUAUCUACAACACCAGGAAUGCCAGGAAGUCCGAUAAGACAAAAUAAAUAUGGCGUCAAAUUUCCUAUAAUGGAAGAUGAGGAUAUACCAGAUCUUUUUAAUCUUUCACUAUCGCCUGAGAGUAAAAAACAAUACGAGUACAAUAAACAACAAGCAGCUCAAAAACCAACCGAAGACGAAUAUGGGUUAAUUCCACUACAGUCGGAACUACAAACGCCAUCACCAAAGAGGAUAAUUACAUUCACCACCUCGUCACAAACGACACCUAAAAAAACAAAAACUCCAACAAAGGAUAAAACUCCAACUCCUACAAAAUCUCUAAAAAGGUUGUCGUCAGGUCGACGAAUCCAAAAAGAUGCGCAAGAAGAUGAAGAACCCGCACAAGAACAAUUCUCAACUAUGUACAAUACAUUAAUUGAACCCAAGAGCCCACAACCACCCCCAUCAAAUGAAAAUGAACUCAGUUCAGAGUUGCCACCGUUUGAAACUUCUCCGAACGAGUUUUCCCUGGGAUGGGUCACUCCACCUCACCUGAAAGUAAAUAAGGAAAUGCAGAAGCCCUCAUCCCCAUCAUUUACCUACCAUAUGGGUCCACCAAGGCAAGACGAAUUUUUGUCGAGUGAAACGUUUCCAGAUAUUAUGCCGCCGGAUACACCACCAAAACCUCCUUCACCUAUGAAAUAUGAAGACUACAUAGAUCCAUUCAAUAACGAAGAAGAUUUUACAAAUCUAAUGGAAGAGGAAGAGCCACUUGGUGCCAAAUUAGAGGCGCAUGAGUGGCACCCGUACAGGCCUCGACAGUUUUCCAUCAAAGUAGGCGCAAGGGCAAGGAAUGUUGUUCUGCCUCGCAAGAGUGCUCCCCCAAAAGUUGAAACAAUAUCAGAGGAAGCCGAAUAUUAUUAUUUAAAAUCACCAGCACAAUCCCCGGCCAAACCAGUAGAAGUUGAUUAUGAUGCACCUUACAUGUUACCAUCAAGUGCCCGACUGCCGACGACAGGUCAACCGAUGCAGGGUGCUACAAGAACCCCAGAAUCAACACCCAAAAAAUUUCAACAAAAGGACAAAUCAGAAACUCAAACAAUUUUAACAGAAGUAACAGAACAUUUCGCAAAUAAUAUUGAAGAUCCCCAUCAACAAGAAUUGCUACAACAUGUAGCCGAUGUAGUAAAGGUUGUAGAAUGUAAGGUUCAGGCAACUGAAACACAACCACAAACUCCACCCAGAUCGCAAGUUCCACCUAGACCUCAAACUCCACCUAGGCCUCAGACCCCACCUAGACCUCAUACUCCGCCUCGAUCUCAAACUCCACCAAGGUCUGAAAUACCCCCUAGGCCUCAAACUCCACCUAGACCCCCAACUCCAACUAGGCCUCAAACGCCUCCUAGACAAGAACAAGAUUGGAUAAUGGAUAGUUCACCACCUCUCGGAUUCAAAGAUUUAGAUUCGAUUGAAGCAACAUCACCUGGAUUAACACCUGGUAAAAAUAUUUUCAGACCAAAAACACCCCCUAGGACACCCGAUCUUGAAAUGGCCACACCUCCGCGCACUUUUGAUGAAGUUCACCAGAUAGAUAGUGCACCCUCGCCAACAUCACCGAUGCCAUACCCAUCACCCAAGAAGCAACCACCGCCGUCGUCGCAUCCUCAAUAUGACUUCGCUGGACCAGUUGAAGAGUUCAUGCCUGAGUAUGGUCCAUUAGAUUUUGGAGAGAGUGAUAAAUCAGGAAUCAUGGACGAAUCGUUUCCGAUGGAUACCAGUAUUGACUUUGACCAAUCACAAUCUCCGAAACGAAUCCAUGAGACGAUUGACAUUUGUCACCGUGAUGCACAUUCGCAAACCGUAAGUCACACGGAAAGGCGCAUAAAUCAGUCUUGGCCUCCGGCUAAACCAGCACUAGAGAAACUGAGUCGCUCUCAUGGCACCAAUACUCGUUUCAGUCUAGGGCCGGAACAAAAAUCAAAAGUAACAGAAACCGAAGAAAGUGUAAAAAAAUCCAAAAAUCGUAUUCGUUUUGAACAAGCCGGGCCUCCCGAUGUUAGAUCUGAUAGUGCAGUACAGGUAACUAUUUCCGAAGAUAUUCAAGUUGAAGGUCCGUCUACAAUCAAUAGCGCGAGUGGAGUCAGUUCCACAGAUAUGAAACAGAUAAAAAAGAAAAUAACUUUCGAACAAAUUGAUGCAAGUGUAAGUACUACAGGCGGCCAACGCUCACCACAAAGACAAGCAAAUGCGUAUGGGCCGGUACAAACAACCCCUCGCACUCCUCCAAGACAACAAAAUAUGUAUGAUGCGAUGCAAACACCCCCUCGCACGCCGCCGCCUGUUGAUUUGAUGGGAAUGGAAGGAUACGCUGAAUACACUCCCAGGCAAUACAUAAUGGAUGAAGGUUUUGAUAGUCCAGGCCUACAAACGCCAAUGAAAUUACCUACCACAUUCCCAGGCUGGAGCACCCCUGAACAUUUGAAAAUUGAACAAUCUCCGCAAAUGUCACCCCCCAACCUUCCCUGGAUAGUGCCUGUAAGAUACCCUGGUGCGCUCUAUGAUGAAACUGCCCCACCAUUCGUAGACGAACCGUAUAGUCCAGAACCCGCCGCUUCAAUGUCACCUCAACAAAAAAGAAGAAGUAACUCUCCGGUACACAAAUCACAUGUUGAAAAAAUCUUCCGCACUCCUGAUGGUACAACAACCACCACAACAGUUGACACAGUAGAACAAACAUCGCCUCCACCUAUGCCUGACUUUGAAGCUGAUUUCAUGUCACCGCCAAUGCCACCUAUACAAUAUAAUAUGCCAGCCCAAUCACCUUCAUCAUCACCACGUCGUCAAAGGCCCAUCGUGAGCUUCAGCGAUUCCCCUACUACUACAAGUCCAUGUAACGCCCCCAUGUCUCCAAGAACAUACUCAGCCGGCGGCACGUCCCUGAGAUCACUAGGUGCGUCUACACCUCCAAGAAGGCGCAAUACUCCCACGUCCCCAAGGAGGAAAAAGACCCCAUCUCCAAAGGCAACAUAUGACUCGCAACCUCCGGUACAAUCGUAUUCUCCGGAACAAAUAUGGAAUUUACCUGAAAAUUCCAAUCAAAUUAUGGAUUAUCCGCAACCAGAGUUUUAUGACGAACUGUACCAGCCAGAAGGUACACCCGCUGGUGAACCAUGCCAGAGUCCCUUCAAUCCAUACGAUGAGGUGAUAUAUAAUCCACCUUUACAAACACCGCCGAUAGGGCCAUAUGCUGAUCUACAAUCUCCGAGCCAAUAUAAGACGCCAGAACAUAAAAAGACCAGGACGUUCAUUCACGAAGAACUGCCGUUGUACGAUCGAGUGCAGCAGAUUGUCGAAGACGUCGUUUACGACCCUAAAGAUGUACCACCUGCUAAUGUAUCACCACCUAGACUUUACACAUUAACUUCUCCUCCAAGACCCGACUAUUUUGAUGUUAUCGACGUUGGCAACCGACCGGGCAUAGAAGACGAAAAUUUCGCAGACGAUUUAUACCAGAGUCCUCCAAGAAAUAUGCAGAUGCCUGCCGAAAUACAAUCUCCUUAUACGCCACCAUUACUCCAGCGACCUGACUGGGACUUGUGGCAAUCGCCACCUUCAGGCACGGCACCUAGCCCACCAUUGCCUCCAAUGCCGUCACCCAUGGAUCAAUACGAGCCGUUAGACAUGGAGAACUAUGAUUUGUAUCAAUCACCAUAUAUGAUGGGCGAACAAGAAUGCCCAAUUAGUCCACCUUCCGCUUUCAACCAGCCGCAAGUCGAAUAUGAUAUUAAUAUGGAUUAUGAUGUACCGCAGUUCGACACAAACAUGGAUCCAAUGAAUCAAUUUAUACAGGACACAGAUGUGAGUCAAGCCCCACAACAACAUCCAGAGCAGACUAGAACAACAACUACAACGAGAAUAACUGAAGAGAUAUACUAUGACGAGGUGAAUUCGAUGGAUGUGUCUGAUGCAGCCCCACCGGGAGUUCAAAUGGAGUGGGAUUCGCCACCUAGAGAGGAGUUACCGUUUUACGAACCAUAUGUGCCGCCGUCAAUGUACCGGCCACCAACACCAGUGACUCCACCUAAUUUUAUGGAUGACCAUUUGGAAGCUGGAAUGGCAUUUGAAGAAGAACCCUGUUUUUAUGGUACACCGGAACCAGUUCACUGUAAUGGCGAUUACUACGACGCAAUCGAAAAUGAAUCACCGGAAUUCUAUCAAACACCCUAA